GAGUCGAACCACUUUUCGAGUUCGCGAGUUACCGGCUGAUCAACGAGGGACCGCUUUCCCGCGCUCCCGCAAUCCGAUUCGAUUCUCACCUGUUAACCGAGCCGUCGCGCUCCUCCUCUCUCUUCGAAGUGUUCAGGAAAAUCCCUGCACAAAUGAUGAAAGGCCGGCAUCAAUUUCGGCGUCGUUUCAGUCUACAACCAUCGUCGCUGAAGGAGGGCCAGGAAGAUGGUACGACGAAAAACGUUAGGAACGAGAGGCUGUCGGAGUCGGACAGCGGUGGCGGGAAACACGCGGAAAGCUCGAUACGGCACAAGAUCGUUGUGAUGGGGGCGGCGAAAGUGGGGAAGUCGGCGAUAAUCAAUCAGUUCCUCUACAACACGUUCACCCCCAAGUACAAGAGGACGGUGGAGGAGAUGCAUCACGGGGAUUUCAACGUUUCCGGUAUACAAUUGACCCUCGACAUCCUGGAUACAUCCGGCUCGUACGAGUUCCCCGCGAUGAGAGAUCUGUCCAUCAAGUCGGCGGACGCGUUUAUCCUCGUGUACGACGUCCACGACGCCAACACGUUCCUCGAGGUGAAGACGCUGAGGGCGCAAAUUCUUAACACGAAGGGGGCGGUGCCGAUCGUCGUCGUCGGGAAUAAAGUCGACUUGAUCGACACCGAGAAACAGGUGGAUACGGACAGCACGAGAGAGUUGGUGACGAUGAAAUGGGAGAACGGUUUCGUGGAGGUGUCAGCGAAAGAGAACUUGAACAUUUCACAGGUGUUCAAGGAGCUUUUGAUCCAGGCCAAGCUGAAGUACAAUCUAAGCCCGGCAUUGAGACGUCGCCGCAGGCAAUCAUUGCCACCGCCCCAGCAUUUGAAUUCCCGCAGCAGCAGCGCUCACGUACCGUCCCCGGCGCAGCUGCAGCAUCUGCAGCAGAUCCGUGAACGUUCCGAGUCGAAGAGGAAUUCCUGCAUACUGUCGUAAACGAAAAUCCAAAGGCAUUGACGACCGUUUCUCACCUGAUUCGAGAGGAGGAAGGGACGAUGGAGGCCGAUUCUCUCCGACCGUUCGAAACGCUCCCAUCGAACACGAACGAUGAUAGGAUAGGAACAGGAUUUCUUUUCUAUUCGAAAGAGAACUUUCGUCCCGUGCAGGCCUCUCAUUCGAUUUUUAAGAAAUUUAUUAGAUUAAUAUACGAUCUUGAAUCGAGAGUCUAGCUGGUUUUUCCCGAUUGAAGAAAAGAAAAAAUUAUUUCGAUGUUUAUCGUUCGAAAAUUCGAUGUGAAUAGCGAGUGAAUCUACGUACUUGAUGUUAAGUAAAAAAUUUUUUCGUCGAAAAAUUGAGAAUUUCUCGUUCCUAGGUAGAAGAGGAAAUGACGAACACGAUGGAGAGACGCGCUUUAUCGCGACUUUAAUAAGGAUAAUACAGAAGAUGAUUAUUCCUCGUGACGACCCAGUCGUUCGUUUUAAUUAAGAAAUCAUCCUUGCUCCCCCUUUCUCGAUGCAAAACAUCACACCUAUUUACCGAUUUCAUUCAAGUUGCGGAUCGACGAGAGGUAUCGAGCUGAAAACAAACGACCCUCUACCGCCGAUCGAAAUAUGCUUGAACAUAAUUAUUCCGAAUUAUUCCGAAGGGAUUCCCAUCUUUGCAGAUAUAUCAACAAGUAUCUUACAAAGGUAUCCUAUUUCAGGGUUGUUCCCCACUGCCCACUCACUCACUAUCUUAUUAUCCAUUUACGAAUCCAUUGACGGCCAAAGAACGUUUUAUAAAACAGUUUUAUUGGCUACAUUCCAUUGAAUUUACAUCGAGCAAUUGUCUAUGCUGUUCUUUAUAUCCCCUCGUGUUAUAUAUAUAUAUAUAUAUAUAAUUUAUUUAUUAUAUUUAUUUAUUAUAUAUAUAUAUAUAUAUAUGAUUUAUUUCAAAGCAAUUGGUUCGAUUUAUUAUAAAAUUUAUUGUAAAAUAAAAAGGGCACGCGAAGAGGGACAUGUUACAUCCCGUCGUCCAUCUCUAAAAAAAUGGAAAAUGGCAAAAGUAUCAUUUACCGCGAAAAUAUCGAGUUAUUUGUCAAUUAAGGUGAAACGAUGAACGUGAAUUCACGCAUUGUACGCCGAUUGCCUUUGCUCCGAAUCUGAGUUAACCGCGUUAACGAUAAAAAAGAAAAAGGUGAGGUGAAAAAUGAAACGUACAAAAAGUUUUAUUCGAUCGCAUAUAGCUUUUGAGGUUGAGUUGUGUUGUCAUUGUAAUUGACGCGGUGGAUAAAAACGGGAAUCGUAGAAUGUCGACGAGUUUCUGUUUUUUCGUCAUUUGAUUGAGAUAAACGUGAGAGAUAUACAUAAACGUUGUGUCUAUAAAUUUUAAUGAAAAUAUCGUGCAACGAUCGUUGAUCGAUUUUGUAAUAUUGUAGAUGGAAAGAUUUAUCGAUUUCACGUUUAAAUAAUAUAUCGCAUGAUAUAGUAUAAUUUAUCGUUUGGGAAGAAAUGUCACGUUUUUUCGAAUAUAUUAUUCAGAUUAAAAAAAAAAAAUCUAUAAUAUACACGUUAGUGUUAUUUAAUGGUAGAAAUUCUAUGUAAAUAAAAGAGCCUUGCGAUGUGGAUAUCUCGUUGAAUCGAAAACCCACAUUGGGUAUAAUUUUACAUAAAGUACUUACAUAUACGAUUAAGCAGCAGCCAUGUAAUUUAACGCGUUUCAACGCGAUCAAAAUGAAAAAUGUCGCGCAUCACGAUAACGGGAUAAAAUUAUUAUUUCAAUGUAAAAAGAAAAAAAAGAAAAGAAAAAAAAAAAAGAAAAAAAACUCGCAAUCUCGAGAAUCAAAUCAAUACGUUUCUCGAUCGUUCCAAAUUCUCUAAUUAUUGGACGAACUUUUCGCUGAGAUCGUGCGUUUACCCGAUCUGUGCAAUUAUUUCCUGUUACUUGGAUUAAUAAUGUUGUAAUGUUGUAAUAAGACGAAUCGGUUUCAAACGUGCGAACAAUCCAACAACAAGUUACGAAGAUCUAUUAAUAUCAUAAGAUAAGAACAACAAUGGAUCUACGUCAUACGGAGUUUCGGAGGCAGGUGGUAUUUGACACGAUUGCAAUUAUUUUUAGAAUAGAUCCGGAGGAAAUAUGUGGUGACAAAUUAUUAAGUAGUCUAAGCCUUUGACUUUAUAUCAUUGCGUUACCAGAAAUUAAAUAAAAGAUGAGUGUCAUAUUCAA